GGAUGGGGACAAUAUGACUCUUCUUCACCUUCUUCACCUUCUUCACCGAUGAAGCUCACCGAUGAAGCUCACUGUUGAGAAGGCGGGCAUCUAUUGUGACUGUUCUCUCUGUGACUCCCUACGCCGUGCCGGUGCCAUGUAUGUAAGUUGCCAUUGCUUGCCUCUGAGAUAUUUUCUUCUUCUCUUACUAUUCCUUGACUAAUAUAUGUCUUGCAACCGUGACAUCCCUCACUCACUAAGCCUCACUACUCCUCCCAACACUCUCACUAUUCCCCUACGGGGCACUCUGGAACCGCUGAAUCCCAAACUGGGCAUCAAACAGAUUUCCAGCGCCCCGACCCGACCCGAACAAGCAUCUGUCUGGCCUCUCACGGCCAUAGACCACAGGGCAUCGCAGGCAUCGCAGGCAUCGCAGGCAUCGCAGGCAUCACCGGCAUCACCGGCAUCACCGGCAUCACAGGCAUCACAGGCAUCACAGGCAUCACAGGCAUCACAGGCAUCACAGGCCAGCCAUCACAGCCAUCACAACCAUCACAGCCAUCACAGGCCAGCCAUCACAGCAUCACAACCAUCACAACCAUCACAGCCCAUACAAUCCCCAAAGAACAAACCACAGACGCCCGUUCCACUACCGCUCUCCUCCGUCUCGUCUUGGUCUUGUCACCUCUCGGCUCUGACCCCAAUUGCCCCAGAUUGA